AGGUCUUCAUUUGGAAGGUAAUACAAUAUUUUCUUACAAGAAAAAUGAAAAUGUUCUUCUGCAGAAGUGGUAACUCAUAUAUUUCCCUAAAUUAAUGACAGGAGAGAUACCAGUGGAGCUCGGUAAUCUGAAGAAACUACAAGCACUAGGAUUAUCAGGGAGUCGGUUUAGUGGUUCUGUCCCUGCAAACAUUUUCAACAUGUCAUCACUGCAGGCCCUAGAUAUUGCACAAAACAAACUUUCAGGUACUCUACCUUCAGAUUUAGGUUGUGCAAUGCCCAACCUAGAAAAAUUCCUUUGUGGAGGAAAUCAUCUUAGUGGUUUUAUCUCUCCUACUAUCUCAAAUUCUUCAAGACUCAGAAUACUUGAGCUCUCAGGCAAUAGUUUCACAGGUUCGAUUCCGGGAUCACUUGGUAAGUUAGAGUACCUUGAGUUUCUGAGCUUGUGGGGGAAUAAUUUUGUCGGCGAUUCAACAUUGAGCUUCCUCACAUCAUUGACAAAGUGUAGGAAGCUAAGAUCACUCUGGUUUGAUAGAAAUCCAUUGGAUGGUGUCUUACCUGCAUCAGUUGGUAAUUUCUCAAACUCACUGCAAACUUUUGGAGGAGAUGGUUGUAAAUUGAAGGGCACCAUUCCUCGAGAAAUUGGUAAUCUUACAGGAGUGACAAGGAUAGAUCUGCAAUACAACGAGUUGACCGGACAUAUUCCAAAUACUGUCCAAGGAAUGUUGAGCCUUCAAGAACUUUACCUACAAAGCAACAAGAUAGAAGGAACCAUACCAGAUGUUAUGUGCAGUUUGAAGAAUCUUGGUGCGUUAGACUUGUCAAGAAAUCGGUUUUCUGGUUCAGUGCCACCAUGCUUAGGGAAUGUUGCUAGUUUGAGGACACUUUAUCUAGCUGUUAAUAGGCUGAAUUCUAGAUUACCUGCAAGCUUGGGGGGCCUUCGUGAUCUCAUAGAAUUCAAUAUUUCAUCAAAUUUAUUGAGUGGAGAAAUUCCCUUUGAGAUUGGAAACUUAAAGGCUGCAACACUCAUUGAUCUAUCAAAAAAUGAUUUUUCUGGUAAGAUUCCUAGCACUCUAGGGGGUCUAGAUAAAUUGAUUAAUCUUUCUUUGGCACAUAAUAGAUUAGAGGGGCCUAUUCCAGAUUCAUUUGGCAAAAUGUUAGCUUUAGAAUUCUUGGAUUUGUGCUAUAACUAUCUUAGUGGUCAAAUUCCGAAGUCAUUAGAAGCUCUUGUGUAUCUCAAAUACAUGAAUUUCUCAUUCAAUAAACUCAGUGGAGAAAUUCUCACUGGUGGUCCUUUUGCUAACAUCACCAGCCAGUCCUUCCUAUUCAAUGAUGCAUUAUGUGGUGACUCUCGGUUAAUCGUGAAACCAUGCCUAACCAAAUCUUCAGAGAAGUUGAGAAGAAAAAUGGUGCUCACAAGUUUAUAUAUUCUAUUAGGAUAGGAUCACUCCUCGCGUUGACUGUUGGAUAUGCGGUGUUAAGAUUGAGAAAGACAAAGAAAAAUGCAAGUCAAGUAGAUGUGUCUUUGGUAAAAGAGCAUGAAAGAAUUUCCUAUUAUGAACUUGAACAGGCAACUGAAGGAUUCAAUGAAAGCAACUUGCUUGGUAGUGGGGGUUUCAGCGCGGUCUACAAAGGGAUACUUAAGGAUGGUACUCUUUUGGCAGCAAAGGUAUUCAAUGUACAAUUGGAGGGUGCAUUCAAAAGUUUUGACAUGGAAUGUGAGAUACUCCGGAACCUUCGCCACAGAAAUCUAACCAAAGUCAUCACCAGCUGCUCCAACCUUGAUUUCAAAGCCCUAGUGCUGGAAUACAUGCCCAAUGGGACACUCAAUAAAUGGUUAUACUCCCACAACUUGUUCUUGAAUUUAUUGCAGAGAUUAGAUAUAAUGAUCGAUGUUGCAUCAGCAAUGGAGUAUCUCCACAAUGGCUAUUCAACACCUGUGGUGCAUUGUGACUUGAAGCCAAGCAAUGUCAUGCUAGAUCAAGAUAUGGUUGGCCAUGUCAGUGAUUUUGGCAUUGCAAAAUUGCUAGGUGCAGGGGAGGCUUCUUUUGUUCAAACAAGGACAAUUGCAACUAUUGGAUAUAUCGCUCCAGAGUAUGGACAAGAUGGAAUAGUAUUCACGAGUUGUGAUGUUUAUAGUUUUGGCAUACUAAUGAUGGAGACGUUCACAAGAAGAAGACCAAGUGAUGAAAUAUUUACAGGAGAAAUGAGCAUACAACGUUGGGUUAGUGAUUCCUUUCCAAGUGGAAUUCAUUAGGUGGUGGAUUCAAAUUUGGUAACGCCAGGGGAAGAACAGAUCGACUUAAAGAUGCAAUGUUUGUUAUCUAUCAUGGAAUUAGCUUUGAGAUGCACUUUAGAUAAACCUGAUGCAAGAAUUAGCAUGAAAGAUGCUCUUUCGACACUUAAAAAGAUUAGGCUCCAACUUGUCAUUAGUUGCUACUAGGUGGAAUAUAGUUGUAGUAUAGC